AUGGCUACCGCCAGUACUCAUAAAUCUCAUAUUCCUACACCAUCUCUGGACUCUCCUGCCUUUGUGUCGACCAGGAGACAUCAGAUUUUACGUCCACUUUUAUUUCCAGAGUCCCAAAGUACAGAUAUGUCUUGUUUUUAUGAGGAGGAGAAGGAUUUACCAAUUCCUUGUCUGUUGUGUGAGAUGGAAUUUAUUAAUUCUGAUCCAGCCAUUGUCAGUGAGAGCUGUACUAUUAAAACUAAAAAAGAGAAAGAUUCAGCACGACAGAGAUUCCUCUAUCACUUGCUGACAGAGCACAAUAUUGUGAUACAUGGAACAGAAAAUAUUACAAGUUUUAAAUGCUAUGCCAAAUAUUGGAAGCAAAGGCUACUCUCCCUUCCUCAUGAGCGAUUAUCUGACAUCUUCCCAGUUAUCCAGACUAACCCCGAAACAAGAAAUGAUCUUCCAGAGAGAUACUUUCUGUUCAAUGACUCUGUUCCUGAAGAUAAGGACUUGAGAGAAUUUUUAAGAAUGAAAAGAUUAGAGGCUUUGCUGGAAUUACAACAUUUUGAGAGAACGGAUAAUAAUUUUAAGCGACUCUGUUUAUUUUGUCAUGAGACUUUCACGGGGAACAGAUCUGUACUAUUGGAACACUUGUUUGAAUCCCAUAGCUUCAGGAUUGGAAAACCAGAUAAUAUUGUUAUGAUAGACAAAUUUCUCGAUUCCUUACAAGAAAAGCUUGAAAA